GAUUCCACGUCUUUUUGGGUGUGUGUAUCAUACACUUUUUUUCUCUUCCUCUUUCUUCUUUGAAGCCUUUCAAAAUAUUGUUAUACUGUUUCCGUCCUUCAUCAUCAAUUGUCCGAAUUAGAACAAAGCUAUAAGGAAGCUUUGACUAUAAUCUACUUGAUCAAUGCCAACAAGACUUUUAUCAACACAGCGUUUUCGACUUCUGCCAUUACUAUUAUUAUAUUUCUUUAGCAAUACAUUCGCUCAAGAUGCAAUUCAAAGUACUCCAACCUUAACAAACACACCGACAGCAACUAGUAGUAGUCUGAUAUUUUAUACAAGCAGUACUACUAUCUCUUCAAUAACAACGACCAAUACUGGUCCAAACAAUAAUUCGAUGACUUCUACUGCUACAAAUGCUCUAACAAUAACAACGGUAACAUACAACACCAUUGGUACUCCCACCGCAACAGGAACACAAAACAACACCAAGUAUCCGAUACCAACUUCUACUACUAUUAAUGCUGUUGCUACAUCAUCCGACAAUAACAACAAUAAGCCUACUCCAUCUAAUACUGAUAAUACUGUGCAGGGCACAGGCUGGAACUAUAAUGCAAAUGAUCGACAAACACAGCAAGAGAGCUGGCUCAAACAACAUAAUCGAUUUGUUUUUAUAAUUUUCGUUGGGCUAUUUCUGUUUGGUUUAUUAUUUUGGUACAUAUAUAAAAGUGUCAAAGCAAUGCGCAAAAGACUAGAGGAAGAGAAUCAAGCCCAACUAUACAUGAUCGAUCAAGCCACUGGUCAUCAUCGGAGCAGCCAGUAUCCUUCAAAUAAUGUUGCUGCUGUUGGCACUGAUGGACUUGUUAACAACAGUAGUCAGCAGCCUGUGUUCCAGCCAACACAGCAACAGUCAACAAUGACAACAGCAGUUGGCUCACCUCCACUUGGUUAUUUUAAUACCAAUAGUAAUGACAAAACAGAAGUUGAAAGUGAUGAUAACAUACCAUUGCCAACUGUAUCACACCCUCAACAACAACAACAACAACUACAACAGCAGCAGCAGCAGUCUGUCACUGAACGUCAACGAUACUAAGACGCUUCUUCUCCUUACAACCGCUAUUUUUUCUAGUAGAACCUUGCCUUAAUAUGUAUACCUUCAGCUACAAUACAAUUCAUCUAUACGAUUUGCAACUCCUUAUAUCCUUACUUUUUUUUUUCUCCUCAUGAAACCCCAUGCUAUUACUCCCUUCUUCCUGCUUCUCUAUAACUUCUCGAAACCAAAAAAAGAAACAAAAAA